AUGUUUUCACGUCCUAUAACUCGUAUAUUAAUAAAUAAUGUUGCUCGUCGAUCAUUUUCAAAUCAAUCACGUUAUAAUAAUCGACAAGAAUAUCAAUGGUCACGAACAAGAUCGAAUUUUGCUCGUGCAACAACUAAUGGAGUUGCUGGUAUUGCUUUAUCAGGUGGUAUUGCUUUUAUUUUACAUGCAUCAACUGCUCCAUCUGAUAAUAAAUUAGCAACACCAUCAAAAGUUGAUUAUGAUCAAGUACGAAAAUCAAUUAUUGAUUUACUUGAUGAUAAUAAUUAUGAUGAUGGAAGUUAUGGACCUUUAUUUGUACGAUUAGGUUGGCAUGCUAGUGGAACUUAUUCACAUAUUGAUUCAACUGGAGGAUCUAAUGGAGGAUGUAUGAGAUUUAAACCUGAAAGUCAAUGGGGAGCUAAUAAAGGAUUAGAUUUGGCUCGAGAACGUUUAGAAAGUGUUUAUCGUGCACAUCCAGGUUUGACCUAUGCUGAUUUAUAUACAUUAGCUGCUGUUGUUGCAAUUGAAGAAAUGGGUGGUCCAAAAAUAAAAUGGCGUCCAGGUCGAAAUGAUCAUGAAGAUGGGAAAAAAUCUCCAGCUGAUGGUCGAUUACCAGAUGCAGCACAAGGUGCUCAACAUAUUCGAGAUAUUUUUUAUCGUAUGGGUUUUAAUGAUCAAGAAAUAGUUGCAUUAGUUGGUGCUCAUUCAUUAGGAAGAUGUCAUUUAGAUCGAAGUGGUUAUGAAGGACCAUGGACUUUUUCACCAACAACAUUUUCAAAUGAAUUUUUUCGUCUUUUAUUAGAAGAAAAAUGGCAAUUACGUCCUUGGAAAGGACCACAACAAUAUCAAGAUGUUAAAACAAAAACAUUAAUGAUGUUACCAGCUGAUAUGGCAUUAGUUCAAGAUCCUGAUUUUCGAAAAUAUGUUCUUUUAUAUGCUAAAGAUGGAGAAAAAUUUCAUAAAGAUUUUGCAGCUGCUUUUGAAAAAUUAUUAGAAUUAGGUGUAGAUUUUAAAACUACUGAUGGAAGUCGACAAGGAAAAAGUGCAUCAUUAUGGUCAAGAAUUUUUGGUUGA